AUGUCCCUUCAAUCGUCUAACCUUAAAGAAGAGUUUGUACCUCUCAAUGAAAUCAGAAGACCAAUUCCUCCUGUGCUAGAUCAUGAUAAGAUCGAUGCCAUGGUCUCCACGCUUCAAGGCAACCCUAUGGCUUCUGCUACUUGUGGUAUUGAAGAUAUGACUGCUGGUGAGUUGCCUCCAAUUGAUGUGUUUUUGGUCCGUGAACAAGGCAAAAACUACUACUUUGCGUUUGGCGGAUGCCAUAGGUUCCAGGCCUACGAUAAGUUAUCUAAGGAUGGUGAAAAAGUGCCUAUGGUGAAGGCCAGAAUCUUGCCUGCAACCAGAAAGACCCUUAAGGUUUACUUGGGUGGAUCUGUGGAUGAGAUGUUCGACUAG